AAUCUUCUAACUACACGAGUCGACCACACACGCCAAAGUAGUCGCCAUGUCGGACGGAAAGGACAAGAGCGCGAACCCCAUGCGCGAGCUGCGCAUCCAGAAGCUCGUGCUCAACAUCAGUGUCGGAGAGUCUGGUGACAGACUCACCCGUGCUGCUAAGGUGCUCGAGCAGCUGAGCGGUCAGACUCCUGUCUACAGCAAGGCCCGCUACACUGUCCGUACCUUCGGUAUCCGUCGUAACGAAAAGAUUGCCGUCCACGUCACCGUCCGUGGCCCCAAGGCUGAGGAGAUCCUCGAGCGUGGCCUCAAGGUCAAGGAGUACGAGUUGCGCAAGAAGAACUUCUCCGAGACCGGCAACUUCGGCUUCGGUAUCAGCGAGCACAUCGAUCUUGGUAUCAAGUACGACCCUGGUAUUGGUAUCUACGGCAUGGACUUCUACUGCUGCAUGACUCGCCCUGGUGAGCGUGUCGCCAAGCGUCGCCGCUGCAAGGCUCGUGUUGGUGCUCCCCACCGUAUCAACCAGGCCGAGACUAUCAAGUGGUUCAAGAACCGCUUCGAUGGAAUUGUCCGGUAAAUGUCCCACUUCUGGUCUUGGGGUAGACAUGGGGUUUGCGUUUUAUGAUGAUUCAAUAAAAAAGGCAGAAAAAAUUGCCCUUCUGCUUUGAAAUCCUUGUUUCUACCACGGCAUGAGCAUAGGCGUGAUAGGAAUCCAAAUUCUCAAGUUCAAAAAUGCAUCCACUUUUCACAAUGAAGGCUUCACAAAGGGUGAUGUAUCCGCAUAACCAUUGAUGAAAAGAACUACAUGAUGCUUGCCAUAUCACACUCUCUGGUGUUGAUGGCGCCCUGGCCGUUAGACCUGUUUUUGUGUUCAGAGACAUGGUCUUUGUACCUCUCUUGCCUUCCGUCAGUGUGUUUGCAUACUGCUUUGCCUCAGGCAACAUAAGAUGGCACGGAUGUCACUCCGGCGUCAUGCUCUACUGCAGUACCUUCUGCGGUCUUGUAAAAUUGCGUGUCAGCGUCGUAUCGUAGUCGAGAAAGGGUAAUAGACUAUGUGGGUCACCAUGAGCGAGUGUAUCGUAGAUCGUGGACCCAUCUCGAAGCGCCGUUAGGCGUUAUGCGAACUCCAGAUGUUCAGAGCCAGUGGAAGUUUAAAACUACUAUUAGUGCUGAUACUGGGUCAUCUCAUAUCAUCCACUCAGUGAGAUCUAUUCUAUUCCCAAGC